AUGCGCCGCACUCCACAGCGCCCUCGCCCAAGCGAGCCUCCAGUCGCAACCCCUCGUACCAUCGAACCACCCACCAAGAAGAUAUUCAACUGCAUUGCCGACGACUCGGCCUUGCUCGCAGGCGCAAAGAAGAGCACUCGCGACGGCAUUCGCAAAUGGAUUGCCAACGGCCAGAUUAGGCUGUUUGUGCCCCUCUACAGUACGCCGUCAUACAUGCAGAAAAUACACGGCUACGACUGA